AUGGACGGCAAGAAAUUAGAGUACAAGGGCGAGAAGGCAUUGAAGGAGCUGGAGAAGCUCACAGCAAAUGCAGCUGAGGUCCAGGAGGAGGUCUUGAAGAUGAUCCUGACGCAGAAUAAAGGGACUGAGUACCUGAACAAGUACAUGGCGGGAGUGGAAUCAAAAUCACAGGUACCACAUUUCAAGCGUUGCGUACCAGUGACAACGUACAAGGAUGUCCGUCCCUACAUCCAGAGAAUUGCCAAUGGAGACAACUCCAAUCUCAUUACCUCUCAACCUGUAACCGAGAUGCUAUGCAGCUCAGGCACGUCCGCUGGAGAGCCAAAGUUGAUGCCAUCAAUUGAAGAAGAUCUUGACCGACGAACCUUUCUUUAUAAUCUCAUCAUGCCAAUAAUCAACCAGUACGUUGGUGGGCUUGAUGAAGGUAAAGCCAUGUUCCUGUAUUUCGUCAAGGCAGAAAUGUCUACUCCUUGUGGCUUACCAGCUCGCACGGUCCUGACCAGUUAUUACAAGAGCCAGCAUUUCCAGAACCGUUCCCACGAUCCUUACAACGAUUUCACUAGCCCCGAUCAAACCAUCCUCUGCUACGACAGCAACCAAAGCAUGUACUGCCAGUUACUGGCCGGCCUGGUCUUCCGCCACCAAGUCCUCCGCCUGGGCGCCGUAUUUGCAUCUGCAUUCCUUCGGGCCAUCUCCUUCCUCGAACGCAACUGGCGGAAAUUGUGCCAAGAUAUCCGCACCGGAAAACUCGAUCAUGCCAUGAUCACCGACGCCCAGUGUCAAUCCGCAAUGUACUCUAGCGUUCUGUUACGGCCUCAGCCGCUGGUGGCUGAUGAGAUUCAGAGCAUUUGCAGCAGUAAGUCGUGGAAGGGAAUAGUGCGUCGCCUUUGGCCUAAGGCCAAGUACAUUGAGGCUGUGAUCACGGGGUCCAUGUCGCAGUACAUACCAUCGCUGGAAUACUAUAGCGAUGGCAAAUUACCCCUGGUAUGCACCAUGUAUGCUUCGUCGGAGUGCUACUUCGGAGUAAAUUUGAAACCCUUUUGCAAGCCUGCUGAUGUUUCCUUCACCCUGUUGCCUAACAUGGGUUACUUUGAGUUCAUUCCUUUGGGAGAGAGUGCAACAUGGUCGAUAGACCUGGAUGAAGAAGAAGAAGAAGAAGAAGUUCCCCCCAGUAAGCUUGUUGACCUGGUGCACGUCAGAGUCGGUUGCUACUACGAGUUGGUGGUCACCACAUUCGCCGGAUUAUAUCGGUAUCGCAUCGGUGACGUGCUCCAAGUGACCGGAUUUCACAAUCAAGCCCCACAAUUCAGAUUCAUCUGUCGGAGAAACGUCGUCCUCAGCGUCGACAAUGACAAAACCAACGAAGAGGACUUGCACAAGAGCAUCACCGCCGCCAAAAAGCUUCUGGAGCCCUACAAUGCUUUACUAGUGGAAUACACCAGCUGUGCCGAUGCUUCAACCGUACCAGGCCACUACGUCAUUUACUGGGAGAUCGCCUACAACAAUGGAUUGGUGGACGAAGCUUUUGCCAUCGAUCCAACCGUGCUUCAAGAAUGUUGCGUCGCCGUGGAGGAACGGCUUGAUUACACCUACAGGAGAUGCCGCACCCUUGACAAGUCCGUCGGACCGCUGGAAAUACGAAUCGUCGAGGCCGGAACUUUUGAGUCGUUGAUGGACUUUUUCAUCAAUCAAGGGGCGUCCAUCAAUCAGUAUAAAACUCCGAGGUGUAUCAAAUCUAAAGCUGCCCUCAAACUCCUUAACUCCAAUGUUAAGGCUUCCUAUUUUAGCUCCAGGGAUCCUUGCUGGAACCCUUGACGGCUUCAUCUAACAUCCAUCUUACUGCAGC